AUGCGUCGUUUAAUAAGGCUCUGCAGUUUCGCCUCACUGUACGACGCAGCCGCGCAGUCAAUCGUCGACAUGUACGCGCGUUUGAGGACCGAGAACGACGGGGGCGUCGGGUUCACGUCGCGCGUGGUGAUUCAGAACCGGUCGGAGGAGUUUCGGUGGCGCACGCGGAUGAUUAAGAAUGAACUUGAGGAAUUCCACCGCGGCGUCACCUUCAGCGCGGAUGGGUCGACGCUGUGCGCGUACGACGCCUCCAAGCGAGCGUUAACGGUCGGUAAAUUAUCGAAUGAUUCUGUCGAGGACGUUUUCGAGGUGAAAACGGGCGAGCGGUCGCACCAGUGGAUGUUGGACGCAAGCGGACGCACGUGCACGACGAGCGAGCGGGACGCGCCGACGACGACUCGCGAGUGCGACUCUGGACGCGUCGUCGCGACGUACAGGAGUUUUAACGAUAAAGAUGAGGUUACUGGAGCGUGUGGGUUGGGGUAUGUGAACGAUGGACGGCAGAUUGCGUCCGGGUGCGAUGGGUUCGUGGACGUGUUUGACGUGGAGCGACCGGGACGGACGCCAGUCGCGAGAGUGCGCACGCGAACGAAAGCUUCGGUGUACGAGCGCUUAGGGUCGCAAGGGGGGUUGGUGUCGUGCGUGGACGGGUGCCCGAUUGAGCGCGACGUCUUCGCGUGCGGGACGUACGGUGGUGGGCGCGGAGCGAUCGAUUGCGGGGUGUACGACGGGAGAGCGGACGGAGGACGCGUGGCGUCUUGGGCGAGCGGCGGCGCCGGGGUGACGCAGACGAAAUGGAGCGCGUGCGGGAAUUUCGUCUUCGUUGCGAGCAGGAAGAAUAGUAAGAUAUCGUGCGUGGACAUUCGUCGAACGGGCUCCGAGGUGUACACGCUCGAGCGGAACGUCGGAGAGACGAACCAACGUGUGACGUUUGACAUCGAGCCGUGCGGAGCGCACCUCAUCUCUGGAGGUGUCGACGGGAAGCUCCGCUUCUUCGACCUCAGACGAGGCGUCGAGGUAAUGCCAUGCAAAACAGAGGACGGGUGUCCCGCGCGAUGGGGCGUAGAUACGGUGACGUGCGUGAACUCCUUCGCGUUCCAUCCGUUUGCGAGCGCGCCCGGUUCCCGCGCGUUCCGCGGCGCGUUCGCCGUCGGCGAGCGCGUCUUCGUCGAUUUCGACUCUUCCGACUCGGACCACGCCGAAUCCGACGCUAUUGAAGACCCCACGUCCUAUUUCGGCGUGUAUCUCGUGGAUUACCCAACGGAAUCCGUCCCACUCGACGCGCCGUCGACGCCGGUGUAA